CAUUUAAGACAUUUAACCACCUUAACGGCUUUUCAUUAACAAUAUACUUAAAACAAUGAGGCAACCAUCUGGACGCGUGGAGGCGAGAUGCUUGCGCGCCCUUGUUAGUUAAACACACAUUGAACUGCGAAAUGCAAAUAUAUGGUAGACAAUACUCCCAACUCAUGGACAAUGGAUUAGCAAGGAAUAAUACUAAAAACCUGGAGGUUUAUUUAACGGAUUCAUCAGGUAUCAGUGGGCACUAGAGUYAAUASGACCAGUGUGAACUGCUAUCGUAAGCCAGUGAGCACAAAUUGGAGAUCUCGUCAUAAUCACGUAAGAUGGAAACCAACCCAUUUUCGAUUGAAAACAUCCUGAAAAAGGAUUCAUCACCUACUUUGGYAAGCACUGCGUCUACCACURAAUCCCGAGAAGAACCCGAAGAACCGUCUAAAGCCACGGCCGCGCUAUCCCUGGCUGCCAAACUUGCAGAUGUUAUCCUUGAAGCAAGGAAAGAAAAGAGYCGUMGAGGAAAUCGUCGAACGAGAACAGCCUUCACACAUCAGCAACUUGCUGCGUUAGAGAAAGUCUUCAACAAAACGCACUAUCCCGAUGUCGAGGUACGAGAACAGCUUGCUGCAACAACCACACUACAAGAGGCGCGAAUCCAAGUUUGGUUCAAAAACAGAAGAGCGAAGUUUCGCAAGGACCAAAGGCGCCACCUCUCAGCCGACAGAGAACAUCGUUCCAGUUUUGAAUGCGAAGACGACAUAUCACCAACUUACAUGACACCGAUGUACUUCCCACCCCCUCACGGGCAGAUUAGCCACCCGACUAUCCCCCACUACAUAAGCCCUGCUAUUGAAUGGACACCCGAAACUUCAAUGCUGCCAGUCAGCGGUACUUGUUACGGACAUGCGCACGCYCCUAUAGUUUCCACGCAUGUGCCAACGAACACUAUUCAUGUCCCAGAAGUGCCUUGCAAUAAUCUGGUGCUACAAAGRGCGCAUCAUUCUCUAAGGGAAGAUGUCUGGAGUAAUUAUUCCGGGAUGUUCUAAAUGCCUUGUAAACAUAUGUUUUGUAUAAUAUCUAUUUGUAUUAUAUUGCUUAAAUUGUACCGAAUGAAUAAGAUAAGUUUAACAUUUGUUA